UUUACUCUCUAGGGCAGGUCACCCUCCCCCCUUUCCACCACCCAGGUCAUCCUCGGUGCUCUGAAAUCAGCUGACCUUCUGGUGCAGAAACCUCAGCUAGCUCUGUGCUGGGAUGAUGUGGCAGAAGGUGAUUGGCUCAGUGGGGACCCCAAAAGCAGCUGCAGCCACAGGGAUUCUGUAGAAGAGGCUGCUCCUCUGAAACACUUCUCAUACCUGUUCCUCAACAUCAGGCCACAGCCUUCUGAACCCCGAGCAGCCAUGUGCUACUCCAAGUUACCUCCACGGACAUUCGAAGAAGAUGUUGAGAAACUGAGGAGUAAAAUGCACACGGCUUUAGACACAUUCUGUGAUAAACUCAAACCCGAAGAAGAGGACCAGGUCCACCUAGGCCUAGAAGAGCUGGAGAACAGCAUCGACGAGGCCUCGCUUGAAAUCCUAUUUGAUCACUGGGAGAACAACGACCAGGAAUCUGCUCCCUUACUUCCGGAACAGCAGCAGGAACUACGUAACAGAGUCCGUAGUAGAGCCCUCCCUGGACAUGAGGAUGCAGGUUUUCAUGGACAGAAACAGGGCCCGGAGCAGGACUCUGAGCCGGAAGGAUCGCACAACGAAAGUCCAGGGGCCCAGAAGCCUGGGGAGAGCUUUUGGGAACGGGUACUGAGGUUGUUCCAAGAGAUGCUAAGUCGACUGCAGAAGAAGUGGCAGGACCUGCUGGCCUGGCUGCAGAAGAAGUGGGCCUCCUUUGUCAGAACUAUGAAGUUCGUCUGGAGUGCGAUUAAGGAUUUCUGCUCCAGUGUGGCACAGUACUUCGCCAGUUUAUUCCAGUUCUAAGGAGUCCCAUGAGGUCCUGGAGGAGCUCAGUCACACCUCCCAGCCCUUUGAUUCCCCCCCUUCCCAGAAAGAAUCUUCUGAAGUAACAUUUGCUUUCCUGCUCACCCUUGACCCAUCCUCGACAACCUCCCUCACUUCCACCCUGUUCACAGCCUCUCCACCUAGCUUGCCUGGGUUUCCGUCUCUUGCUAAGCAUUUUAAUAAAACUUGGUUGGCCUGGGGAGGGGCCAUGAGUGGGGUGGAGGAGGUCAAUGGGGAAAAAGGGAGAUCUGUAAUACUUUCAACAAUAAAGGUGAUUUGCU